CUCCUUGAGCCAAAUGCUCCGCUGAAGAAACAAGCAGGAAGGGGAGGCAUUCUAAGGUGGUUGCUCCGGGAAAUCAGGGCCCUAGGCGUCUCCAUUUCUCCUACCAUCUACGAGAUACUGGGAGAUAAGAGCGACAACUCGAGCCGAAGCUGGGUCAAGUUUGCUGGGAGACCGGAAGGCGAUGGAGGCCGGAGAGGGAAAAGAACGCUUUCUAAAACAAAGGCAAGUCUUGAUAUUCUUUGUUUUGCUGGGCAUAGCUCAGGUUGCUUCCAAGCCUAAGCAGUACUCAGUGGCUGAGGAAAUGGAGAGUGGCUCCUUUGUGGCCAAUUUGUUAAAAGACCUGGGGCUGGAGGUAAAUGACCUAGCUGCGCGGGGGGCUCGGGUCGUUUCCAAAGGGAAAAAAACGCGUUUGCAGUUUGAUAGGCAGACAGGGAAUUUGUUGUUAAACGAGAAACUGGACCGGGAGGAGCUGUGCGGCCUUGCCGAGCCCUGUGUGCUACCUUUCCAGGUAUUAUUGGAAAAUCCCUUGCAGUUUUUUCAGGCCGAGCUAUGGAUUAGAGAUAUAAAUGAUCAUUCCCCGGUUUUCCUAGACAAAGAAAUACUUUUGAAAAUUUCAGAAAGUAUCACUCCCGGAACUACUUUCCUAAUAGAACGUGCCCAGGACUUAGAUGUGGGAAGCAACAGUCUCCAAAGUUACACGGUCAGUCCAAAUUCCCACUUCCAUCUUAAAUUACAAGACAGUUCCGACGGCAUAUUACCACAGCUGGUGCUGGACAAAGCGCUGGAUCGAGAGGAACAGGCUGAGAUCAGGUUUACUCUCACUGCGCUGGACGGCGGGACUCCACCCAGGUCUGGCACUGCCCUGGUCCGCAUUGAAGUUUUAGACAUCAAUGAUAACGCGCCCGAGUUUGCAAAGCUGCUCUAUGAGGUGCAAGUUCUGGAAAACAGGCCCAUUGGAUUCCAGGUUGCCGUAGUCUCUGCUAGAGAUUUGGACAUUGGAACCUAUGGAGAAAUAUCUUAUGUAUUUUCCCAAGCCUCUGAAGAUAUUCGCAAAACUUUUCAAAUAAAUGCAAAGUCAGGAGAACUCAUUUUAACACAGAAACUGGAUUUCGAAUCCAUUCAGAGUUAUACAUUAAAUAUUCAGGCGACAGAUGGUGGAGGCCUAUCUGGAAGUUGCAUGGUGUUUGUCCAAGUGAUGGAUUUGAAUGACAACCCUCCGGAACUGACUAUGUCAACACUUAUCGAUCACAUCCCAGAAAACUUGCAGGAGACCAUAAUUGCUGUACUCAGUGUUUCAGAUCCUGACUCGGGAGACAAUGGAAGAAUGGUUUGCUCCAUUGAAGAUGAUCUUCCUUUCUUCCUUAAACCUUCUGUUGAGAAUUUUUACACCCUACUGACAAACACACCUCUGGACCGAGAGACCAAAUCCGAGUACAACAUCACCAUCACCGUCACCGACUUGGGGACCCCCAGGCUGAAAACGCAGCACAACAUAACCGUGACGGUCUCCGACGUCAACGACAACGCCCCCGCCUUCAGCCAAACCACCUACACCCUGCGCGUCCGCGAGAACAACAGCCCCGCCCUGCACAUCGGCAGCGUGAGCGCCACGGACAGGGACUCGGGCGCCAACGCCCAGGUCACCUACUCGCUGCUGCCGCCCGCGGACCCGCAGCUGCCCCUGGCCUCCCUGGUGUCCAUCAACGCGGACAACGGGCAGCUGUUCGCGCUCAGGUCCCUGGAUUACGAGGCGCUGCAGGCGUUCGAGUUCGGCGUGCGCGCGGCCGACCGCGGCUCGCCCGCGCUCAGCAGCCAGGCGCGGGUGCGCGUGCUGGUGCUGGACGACAACGACAACGCGCCCUUCGUGCUGUACCCGCCGCAGAACGGCUCUGCGCCCUGCACCGAGCUGGUGCCCAGGGCGGCCGAGGCGGGCUACCUGGUGACCAAGGUGGUGGCGGUGGACGGCGACUCGGGCCAGAACGCCUGGCUGUCGUACCAGCUGCUCAAGGCCACGGAGCCCGGGCUGUUCGGCGUGUGGGCGCACAACGGCGAGGUGCGCACGGCCCGGCUGCUGAGCGAGCGCGACGCCGUCAAGCACAGGCUGGUGGUGCUGGUCAGGGACAAUGGCGAGCCGCCGCGCUCGGCCAGCGUCACGCUGCACGUGCUGCUGGUGGACGGCUUCUCGCAGCCCUACCUGCCGCUCCCGGAGGUGGCGGCGGCCGAGGCGCGGGCCGACCCGCUCACCGUCUACUUGGUCGUCGCCUUGGCGUCCGUGUCGUCGCUCUUCCUGUUCUCGGUGCUGGUGUUCGUGGCGGUGCGGCUGUGCAGGCGGAGCCGGGCGGCGUCUGCGGGUCGCUGCUCGGGGCCCGAGGGCCACUUUCCGGGCCACCUGGUGGACGUCAGCGGCACGGGGACGCUGUCCCAGAGCUACCAGUACGAGGUGUGUCUGACGGGAGGAUCUGGGACCGACGAAUUUAAGUUCCUCAAGCCGAUUCUCCCCAAUUUCCUUGGUCUCGGUGAGGAAAGGGUUCAUGAAGCAAACCCCAGUUUCAGGAAUAGCUUUAAAUUCAGUUAAGUAUUAAUUAAUAAGGGUCUACUGAGCCUAGUCUCCGUUAAUUUGUGUAAAGUCUUUUUGUACUGCCUUGCCCACUUGGGUUCUUUUUAUUUGGUGUGUAGCUAUCCUAUUCCAAUUCAGUGCAUGUUGCUGGUGUUUCUAAAUGCCUUCGUUUGUGGUGUAAGGAAUGCAGAUUUCUUUUUCUUUUUGUUGAUUAGUCUCACUGUAACUUAAUUCAACUUAAAGUGUGAAAGUAAACUUUGUAUUUUCUGAAGUCUUUAAUUUUUAAGUUAGAAUAUCUUUUUCCAAAUUCACCUUCCACAGUUCCUAGGUUACUUUGCAGAACUUAAAAUUUAAAAC